AUGAGAAGAAAAUUGAUUGAUAUUUUUAAUCAUUGGCUUAAAGUAUCCAAAGAUAAAUUGUCUGCUAUUAUCAAUAUUGUUGAAAUGUUAUACACUGCUAGUUUAUUAAUAUAUGACGUAGAAGAUAAUACCAUUUUGCGUCAUAGUAUUCCUGAUCAUACAAGUUGGGCAGAUGAGUUAGACUCAAGAGACAGAGAGAAAGCAAUACAAAUUAGAGACAGAGAGGAAAACGAUAGUGAGAAGGAUUCAAUAGAAAAUUCGAAUAACACUCAGGCUAAAAGUACAGAAGAAAUUUCCGAGAUCCUAUUAGUUAAUAGUCAUACUAACCUCUCUAAUUUGCAAGAUACCAUAGAAUCUGAGAGCAAUGCUAAUAUUACACAGAUCAAUACAGAUGAAUCUCCUGCAAAAGAAUCAAAUGAAUUACAAACAUUACUUAAUGAAGAGAAAGUAACUCAGGUGAAACGAUCUGAAUCAACUACACAAGCUACAUAUGGAGCUUCAGCAUCAGAAAAUUCAAAAACAGAAGUAGAAGUAAAUUCUAUGACAGAAUUAGCUAUGCAUUCAGAAGAAGUUGAUAUAGAAUCUCAAGAAGAAUCAGAAGACGGAGACGAUAGCUUCAUAGAGAUAAAAAAAGGAUAUGAAUUCACAGUUUCAGGUGUAUCAGAAUUUUUAAGAUGUACAUUAGUUCACCCAA